GGACGUGAGUCCGGAAGUGACGCCCGGCGAAGCGGAAGUGCGGGCGCAGGGGUACCCACGUGGGUCCAGCGCUCUGCGUGUCUGGAAGCCGGUCCUGGGAGCUCCCUCCCGCGCCACGGCGUCGUCAGCAUGGGUCGCUCGGGGAAGUUGCCGUCCGGUGUCUCGACUAAGUUGAAGCGCUGGAAGAAAGGCCACAGCAGCGACAGCAACCCCGCCAUCUGCCGCCACCGCCAGGCUGCCCGCAGCCGCUUCUUCAGCCGACCGUCAGGAAACAGCGACCUGACCGUGGAUGCAGUGAAGUUACAUAAUGAGUUGCAGUCAGGCUCCCUGCACCUGGGCAAAAGCGAAGCCCCCGAGGCGGCCAUGGAGGAAGAGACUACGGAGCUACCGCUCACCGAGAAGUCCUCGGGCACCUUCCUGAGCGGCCUCUCCGACUGCACAAACGUCACCUUCAGCAAAGUGCAGCGCUUCUGGGAGUCCAACUCGGCUGCCCACAAGGAGAUCUGUGCCGUCCUGGCUGCUGUCACCGAGGUGAUUCGCUCUCAGGGAGGGAAGGAGACAGAGACUGAGUACUUUGCUGCACUGAUGACCACGAUGGAGGCGGUAGAGUCCCCGGAGUCUCUGGCGGCCGUCGCUUACCUGCUGAACCUGGUCUUGAAGCGUGUUCCCAAUCCUGUGCUUAUUAAGAAGUUCUCUGACACCUCCAAAGCCUUCAUGGACAUCCUCUCAGCCCAGGCCAGCAGCGGCUCCAGCUCUGUCCUCCGCUGGGUCCUCUCCUGCCUGGCCACCCUUCUGCGGAAGCAAGACCUGGAGGCCUGGGGCUACCCCGUGACCCUGCAGGUGUACCACGGGUUACUGAGCUUCACAGUUCACGCCAAGCCCAAGGUGAGGUCUAGAUCCCAAGAGAAGGAGGGGACCUAG